AUGUUGAUUAUCAUAAGCAUUGGAUUAUUCAUUUUGGCAAUUAUUUUUCUACAAGGUGAAUGGUUAGAAGCAUUACAACCAUUUAAAAAUUAUAUCUCAAUGAAUUUUGAAAAUAAUUCUAGAACGACUUGUUUUGAAAAUUCGAAAAAUGUUGAUAAAAUUUGUCAAUGGCACUUUUUAAAUUAUACACCAAGUUCGUGGGAAAAUAUUUGGUUCACGAAUAUUGAAGAAUUUCAAAAUAAUGUUUGUGAAAGAUUAGCAGAUGCACAAAAUCUAAAUAAAACAGCAUUAGCCGUUGAACGAUUGAUGGAAUUACAAAAAAAUGGAAGAAACUUUACUCGAAGCGAUAAACAGCCAACUGAUGAGCUUCUAUCGAAAAUGUUUUAUCGACGAGAAUGUAUCAAUCCACUAACAAACACAUCGUUCCAAGAAGCCGAAGUAUCACAAGUAAUUGAGCCACUCAUUGGUUUACUAAGAGAUCCUUUAACGAUAUGUACUCGUAUUAAUUCAUUACCUGCCUCAGUUUAUCAAGGAUCACAAGUUCAGUCAAAACGAUUUUUAUUAUUAUCAGUGGCAGCUCCGUUUUAUAUUCAUUCAUCACCACAAAAUCGUAAUAGUUUAGAAAUAAAUGUUCAGUCAAAUAAACACAAUACGAAUUUACUUCCUUGGAUGUAUCAAAGGUCGAAGUUGAAUUUGUUAGACAAGGAAUUAGAUCUAGAUGGAAUAAAUGGACAGAAUAUUUUGAUUGAUUUGGGAAGUUCUUAUUUCGGGAAUUGGGGUGGUGAUUCUAAUGCCGCUGCAGGAAGGUGGUUCUAUGAGCAGUACAAACGUUUUGGUGUUAAAUUUGAUCGUAUUGUCGCUUAUGAAUAUGCUCCAUUAGAUGCCAAAGCUGCUUGGAAUCAAUUACCUGACGAUGUCUUCCCUGUUUAUACUCUAAUAAAUGUUGGUUGUGCAGCAACUGGGAAAUUCAACCCUUGGGUAAUGCUAAAAGCAAUAGCUAGACCACAUGACCAUGUUGUUAUCAAACUAGAUAUUGAUACUCCAGCAAUUGAGAUUCCUCUGAUAAAUCAACUCUUAAAUGAUUCAUCCAUUCAUUCUUUAGUAGAUGAACUAUUUUUUGAGCAUCAUAUUAAUGUGAAAGCAAUGCAAGCAUAUUGGGGACGUCCACCGGGAACAUUAAAAGACUCAUAUGUUUUGUUUACGAAAUUGCGACAACUUGGAAUACGCAUGCACUCAUGGCCAUGA